AUGAGUGCUGGUGGUGAUAAGAGAUCGAUAAGUUUGAAUAAGAUAGUCAUUUUCGGCGACUCGCUGACGCAGAAAGCUAAUGAGCAAGAUACGGGGUUCGGUCUGGUUCCGGCUCUUCAGGAUCUGUAUACCCGCAAGUUCGAUGUUCUCACCAGAGGGUUUAUGGGUUAUACUUCAGCUCAUGGUCGAUAUAUGAUCGACCCCAUUCUCGAUGCCGAACAUCGUCCGAAAGACAAUUGUACUGUAGAACUGCUGAUUCUGUUCUGGGGGUCGAACGACUCUACUCUGGAAGAAUGGCCGUCUCAUGUGCCCAUUCCAGACUAUCUCGAUAACAUGCGAUAUAUGAUAAAAGCAGCCCAAUCGCGAGGCAUUUCCAGGAUCAUUCUGGUAGCCCCUGCUUUGUACGACGAAAUUAAAGGGUAUCCAGACAAUUCGGUCAUGAAGUUCCUCGAAUAUGGCCAGGCUCUUAAAACACUGACCUCCGAGUUCGAUGUCGGGUUUAUUGAUCUGUGGCACGAGUUCACAGACUAUCUCGGCUGGAAAGAAGGCGACCCCGUGCCCGGAAAACUUGGAGACAACUCGCCAAUCGAUUUGGUCAACCUCCUUCCAGACUCUAUCCAUUUCAGCGGCGAAGCCUACCGCAUCUACUACAACGCUCUCAUCAAAGUCAUCGACGACAAAUUCCCCGACAUCAAAUCCGACAAUCUCACGGAAAUCAUGCCUCCCUGGGACAGCAUUCCUAUCAAGGAGCUCCCAGACUGUUUGUGGAAGUAG